AUGAGUUUCUACUGGGAAAAGGGACUCCAGCAACAGGACACCGGUCAACCUGCACAACAACAGGGACAAUGGGAUUUUAUAAACCUCGGCGGAGCACCGGCACCACAACAUCAGUGGAAUCCUUCGGUCCAACAACAACAACCGCAACAUCAGCAACAAACCAAUUAUUAUUAUCAGUCAGCACCAUCACAACCGCAACAACCCCAUACUAACCAUUCUGCACAGCAGCAACAGUAUAAUGUAAACUCACAACACCAGCAGUCUGCCGAGCAGAAUUACCAACAACAACAAUGGAUGGCACAACAACAGUCUCAACAUCAGCCGCCACCAUCCCAACAAGCUCAAACCCAACAAACUCAGCACCAACCGCAAAAACCAAAAAAAGCACAACAAACUGUGAUUGAACAUACACCACUCUUGCCACCGGCUCAACAGGUGCAACAAGUGCAACCACAGGCUCAACAGGCUCCCAACUUUACUCCAGCUCCACCUGUUUUGGCACCAUCGUUCCAACCUGUAGAAUCACAUCAACAGUACUACCAACAACAACCCCAGCAACAAUCUCAACCGAUGUACCAACAAUAUGUGAACUCAAAGCCAGAAGAGACAGCUGCACCAGCCUACUAUCCACCACCACCUGUGACACAACUCGGAUCGGCGCCUGCAUCGAAGGAAGUGACCCCAGAGCCACAGACAAAACCGAUGGCACCUGCAGUCCAGGUGGCGCCGGUCACCCAAAAACAGGCGGCUCCUACCCCGAAGCCUCCGGUGUUGGCUCCUCCCACUACAACACCUGUGGUUCCAAAGAAAGAGGAACAUCUCACUGUCGCCGCACCAAUUGUCAUUGAAGACGCCAAACCUAAAGUGACACCGACGUCUUCUGAAGACGACUGGGAGAAGGCUGACAUGGAGAUUCAACGUGUAGAGGAUGAGAACAAACGUCAAAAGGCGUCUCAAGUAGCCCCCGAAAAACCAGAAGAGUCACGCGAGUCGUCAUCUCUUGGAGGUUCAUGGGCCACACAGGAUACGGAGCCAUCGGAGAGAAGUUCGGUAGAGCCGGUAGAGAUUGUGGAGCAUCCAGUGUCUAUUGAAGUUGAUAUUGAAGAAAAGACACCAAGAGUUUCUGUGUCAGAGAAUCAAGCGACUCCAACAAUAGUCAAUAUGUCGAUUUCUCUUUCUGAUGACCGACAAGAAACACCUGAAGCUGGUCAUCCGAAUCAAAGCACAUCUGUUGUGAUAAACUCUUCUAGUAGUCCUUUGGAAGCGAUUGCAACAAGCACACCGAAAGACAUGAGACCAGAGAAACGUUCAUCAGUGUCUUCUCAAGGGACAAUUGGUACAGAGAAAAGUCGCUCGAAGAAAAACACGGAGAAGUCGGAACGCCGAAACUAUCCAGACAUGUUCAACAAGCACGAGCCGCAAAAUCACAUCGUUGAGAAGGAGGAGGAGUCGGGUAACAACUCUGACAGUACGAUGGCUUCCGGACGUCCAGAAUUUGUGAGAGGAGAAGCGAGGGCCAGCUACCGGGAAUACAAAAAGACGUAUCAUGCGAUUGUGGAUCGACUCAAUUUCAUGAGAGCCAACCAAAAUCACUCAGAUUUCCGCCCAUCGUCCAAACUGGCGAACCCAUUGCUUGCUGCUGCGGGGUUAUCUCGCCAACAUCCUGCUAUUCGACGAGAGUCACUUGGAGCAAGGAAUGAUGGAAGAGCGUCUGUCCCUCUUCAUCAUAGCCAUAGCUUCAAUGAUAACAUCUACUCGGAGCAAAAUGGAGGGCGAAGGAGUCGAGUGAGUCGUUUGGAUCCAAGUGGUCGACCAUCAUCACGUCAUGCUCCUGGAUAUGCAUCAGUGAACCACAGCCAGAUAAACCCUUACGACCAACGAGGAUACGCUCAGCAGCAGAACCCUCUGUUCCGUCAUGGCCGUCAUAGUGCAAUGGCUGGACAGUACGACCCAAGGAGACCAUAUGGAGCUGAACAAUAUCCGGGAGCAGUUUAUGGGCAAGAACCACAAGAGGCUUCAAGUAUAUCGGAAAGUGAUGAGGAUGAAGGAGAAAGCGACUAUGAGAUCCAAGGAUACAACAUGCAUCACCGACAGGCACCGUCUGAACACAGUUACCAUCCAUCACAGGGAGGUGAUGACGAGGGAAAGACUCUCUACUAUUGUGGAGUGGUGCAUGUCAACAUGGAUCUCUGGUAUCGCAUUAAAGAGAAAACUGGCAUCCCCGCUGGUUUUGCGAAUCUUAACUCUAUCCAGAAGGCUGCUUUCAUGUUUUAUACAGUGGUGUUCAAACAACCUUACCCAAAUGUGGAGACGUUCCACAAUCGAUUCAAUCGAGAGUUCUUCAGGUAUAAGUGUGAUGGACAAUCGGAGGAUGCUGCUUUGUUCCAGAUUUGUCGAACAAUGCAAGAACAAUACGAAGCAAGACGAAAAGAGAAGGAGCUAGCCUACCAAAACAUGAAAGCCACUCUUUUCAGUGAUGAGAACAGUAUUGAUGGUGUUAACAUCAAUUAUCCACCGUACCAUUCUUCUGGCGAGCCACCAAAAAGUAUUAUGCUCACAAGACAAAGUGAGAACAACAGUGUAUACGCAGAGUCACUCAACGCUUGUGAUGUUUACAACAAUGGACCACUCAAGUUCUCAUGUCCACACAGCUUCCUCAAUAUCUCUCACGGAGGACAAAUCAUCUCCAUCCAACCUGACCAAUCUAUAUCUGCUGUCGUAUUCGAUGAUAUCAAAUCAGUAUUGAGAGACAUUCCAACUCUUCAAAUCAAGGAUGCAGCAAUGUCAUUCAAGGGACCACUCAUCCCACAUCAAUCUGCUUCUCACACUGUCCGAUUGUACAUUACCAAGCAAAUUGAGAAUAUUAAACGGUCAGCGGUCGCAAUGGAAAAUCCAGAAGCGAAUGAUGUUGUGGAGUCACUGUUGGUCUGGCAGCUCUUGGAGACAAUGGUUAAGCAGCAAGGAAACAUCACUGGUCCGGACAUUGCCGAGAUACUCGCCAAGGUCGCAAGUCAACCCGUCAAUAUUGAGGCACCACCACAAAUGUCCAACAUUACACCUGCACUCAACCAAUUUACUCAAUUCCUUCUUGGAGGUCAUAUUGACGAAGCAGUGGAGAGUGCAAUGAGAAAUGGAUUGUUUGCCGAUGCCCUCGUUUUGACUCGACGUCUUUUCCCGAAUGACGAGCGGAAAAUUGAGCAGAUUGAGAGCCGCUUCUUGCAGACCAGAUCGAUGAACAACCCGGUCACGACGCUGGUGUCCGUGGCUAAAGGAGAGGUGCCUCCUGUUUUGACGAACCCUCCUCUUGACGAUCAUUUGAGCUGGAGAACACAUGCUGCUAUCAUUCUGGCUAACCUCGACCAACGUGGCACCGCCUUGAGUACUAUUCACCAACUCGGACGAGCUUUGGCAAAGAGAGACUAUCACAGUGCUGCUGACUUCUGUUUCCUUGUUUGUGGAGUGCUCGGUGGGGAGAAGGAGAAUCCAUUCACACCAGUACCAACACCAGAAGGAGAGGAGGACUAUCGACGCUACAUCUCGCUGGUCAAUUCGGAUAUUCCGGAUAAUGAGGCUAAUCCAAAGUGUCAGUAUGGAUUCUUGCUUACUGAUUUGCAUGCGACUGAGAUUUUCGACUACGCUCUCCGACUGAAGCCUGAUCGAGAAUCUCUGUUGGCGACGUCUGUGGAGUACCAAACCGCGCGUAUCAAGUACGCAAAACUUUUGGCUAAUCAUGGAUUCACCACAGAUGCCUAUCGGUACUGCACAGAAGUCGCUCGUGCUAUCUGGGUCCACAUUACACUUUUCUGUCAGGAUGAUUUGUUGGAAUUGUGUGAUUUGGCUGAUUCUCUUCAUCACAGAGCAGAUGUCAAUCCAGAAGAGACACAAUGGAUUGAAAGUUUGAGAGCAAUAGCGCAAGCUGGAUACGGGCGAGCAUCUCCAACAACUACAACUAUUGCCACAACAAAACAAGAAAAUACGGAUGGAUUCCAGAGUUAUGGAUAUGAACAACAUCCGGAGACGGUGUAUGACGCGGAACCAUUACAACCAACACCGCUUGUACCAACUGCACCGGAACUUGCUCCAACUCCAAUUCCUUCAGCGUUCACUGCUCCGAUUCCUUCUGAACAUCAAACUUUUGAGCACCAGACUCCUCCAGAGAUUGCACAACAACAUCAGCAAAACCACUUCCAUGAGGAUGUUAGACAUGCACCGGCUACUCCAACUGGUUCUGUUCAUCAAGAACAACAUGCUCAACAAUAUGAGUCACCCUUCUCAUACCACUCAACUCCUCAAGAGCAGUUCCAGUACCCGGAUGAUGGUUUCACGACGCCACCGGACUUUAAUGAUGGACCAUUGACGAUGGCCUCAUCACCACAAGCCUCUGCUCCGCAGCUUGCUGAGCAACCGGCUGCAUCACCACCACUAGCCGCACAGGCUCCACCGCCACCUCAGCAAUAUCAACAGUACUCUGACCAGCAGCAGCAGCAGCAACCGCUACAACAACAUGAAAACCAGGUCCAAAACCAGCUGAAUUCCGACAACAAGAAUCAGAGUCAAGGAUGGUUAAAAACUAUCCAGACAAAAGUUCAGAAAGCGUUGCCCGGUCAGAACCCAAUGAAUCUACCAGAGGACAAGAAUCCAACAAUUGUGUGGGAUGAGUCACAAAAGAAGUACAUUGGAGCAGGAGUUGAACCAGAGCCAGUGGCACCACCACCGCCAACCGCUAGUUCCGCACCAGCACCGCCUACUGGAGGUGGAUUGAGAGCUGCUAGAGGAGUAUCUCGCUACGCCAAAGUUGGUCUCGGCAACUCUCCAUCGAACGCUUCCCAAGCUCUAGCUGGAAUGAUGCCACAAGCUCCUCCAACUGCAAGUUUUGGAUUCAUGCCUGCGCCAGUGGAUGACGAUGCGGAUUCUGUCGACCCGUUCAGUGGCCAAGCCAACCCAACAAUACAACAGUCUGCUCCUAGACCUGUUGAUGAUUAA